AUGCCGACUCCCGAUGAUGCGGUGGUCUCGCAGGUGGAGCAGCACGAGAGCAGCAUCGCCAACCGCGCAACGUGCCCACCCGAAGAUGCACGCCUCUCGACUGCUCACGAACCGAGCAGCACCCGCGACAGUAGCGCCAUCAACGAUAUUGACUCUGCACAACGCCGAUCGAUGCAGCAACAGCCCACACCGCCGCCACAUGGCACACGCGAACAGUCGCCAGCCGAGACACAUAGCAAGCCAUCGAGCGCAAGCAUAGAAGCACCAAACAGAGACACUCCAACACCAAUGACGGCGACCGACGAUGGCGCCGAAGAUACGCGCACAUCUCUAGCCUCGCCGCUCUCCGCCGCUGCGCCGCUGGCCAUUCGGUUCACCCCCAGCCAUUUAGCUGCUCCAUUCCCUGCCCGUCGAUUCUUCCCCAACUCUUCCUCGUCGCUCCUCCGCCCCGGCAGUCGUUUUAAGGGCAGCCAGACCUCCGACCGCCAACAAUAUGAAGUGGAUGUUGAGAUCAAACAUGUGGAUAUGCGCGAGUCAUUCAUGUGUGGAUACCUGCGCAUUCAAGGUCUCACCGAUGACCAUCCCAGUCUGACUACGUAUUUUGAAGGCGAGAUUAUCGGGAACAAGUACACCUUCAUCACGCAACAUCCGGAAUGGGGUUCGAACGAGAAAGUUGAUCGGCAGCACUGGGCGCGGUUUCCAGCAUACAAACCGCUCUCGAAACACUUGUCGCGGUCAGAUGCCGUAUCCAAAGACUGGACGCAGAAAGAACAUUUGUUCAUGCGCUGGAAAGAGUACUUUCUGGUGCCAGACCACACAGUCAGGACGAUCAGCGGGGCUAGCUUCGAGGGCUUCUACUACAUCUCUUUCAAUCAGGUGUCAGGCAGCAUCGAAGGCAUCUACUUCCACGCGAAGAGCGAAAAGUUCCAGAAGCUUCAGCUGGAGCAUGUUGAAGAUCACGGGUGCCAGGGCACCUAUGAGUUCUGUUAA